CGUUUUCCAACAUGGCGCCUUCCAAGACCCUGAGUGGGAGUCAGAAGAAAAGUCUUGCCUCCAUGUGGGAGGAGCCAGGGAAACUCAAGAGGAUAAAUUUCCUUGUGGCAAAGUCAACUAGUGAGGAUGAAGGAUAUCCAGCAGUGGGUCUGAAUCACCAGGCUCCUGAUGCUGUUGGGUGGCAGUCUGCAAAGUUUUGUCUAUACCCUCAAACUUUGGUGUUGCAGCUUGAAGAGAGAAGCUGCAUCAGAAAGCUGCAAUUCCUCUCUCAUUCAGUAUUCAUACCUGAAUCAAUUGAGAUUGAGGUUGGAGACUCACCUGAUGGUGUGAGGGUAGACCUUGAGAAUGCAGGAUUUGCCAAAGUUGGAUCACUGAUCUUGGACAGCAAUGAGAAGACCCAGUUCAAGGCAAGAGAAUUCAAGACUGUCAACUUGGAAGCCACAGGCAGUUUCAUCAAGCUCGUAGUCCACAAGAAUUAUGACAAUAAGCAGAACAAAUUCAAUCAGGUGGCUCUUUUGGGAGUUAAUGUGAUUGGACACCACCCUUCAGAAGAGUUUCAACCACAUGAGGAUUCUGAAUUAGCUUCCAGCAAGGUCCUCAAGGGAACAGACACUUUAUCCAUUGGCAAUGACAAGGAUCUGACUUCUCCUUAUGAUGAUUUGGCUUAUAACAUGUACAUGGACCCUGAAAUUGUGGAACUUGGAAGAAAAUUGGAGUACAGGAAGCAGGUGGCUACUUCGCUGAAAUUGGUCGGCCUCAAAAUGGGCGCCAUGGAAAUGGAGAAGCGCAUUUCCAUGGACAACGGGGAAUAUGACAAGGCCAAGGCCAAAGCCAGGGCCAAAACCCAGUUAAGAGAUGAGGCCUACACAGACCUGGGCAUCGAUACCCUUCUGGAAACUAAUGGGCCCAUAGCCAAAAAUGACCUGAUGGAACCAAGAGCAGGAGAACUGCCCCCAGUGAAGAAGAAAAAGAUCAAAGAAGACGAAAAGGUGAAGCCCAAGACGCCAGAACCAGAUCCCACCCCAGUAGUCAUGAGGAGACCCAGUCCCUUGCCCACACCCGAAUCCAUGGCCGGAACCCCUCCACCACUGCCCCCGAAACCCGCCUACAUGCGGGACACUUCCGCUGGGAUCCGGUUCUCGCCGGAAAUGAGACGAAACCUGGUUCUUUCCCCUGGACCCAAAACACCUCCACCACCGAUUCCUGAACGAAUGCGGAAAACAGUGGAACCCGAACCUGAACCUGAACCAGAACCAGAACCCGAAAUUCCAAUGGAGGAUGAAGGGAUUGUGAAUCCGGAACCGGAAGUGGAAGAGGAACCUGAGCCUGAGUCUGCACCGGAACCAAAACCCACCAUCAGAACCCAGCAGUUGCCUACGAGGUACCAAAAUUAUGACGACAGAAAAAUUACCACGGCAGCAGCUGGUGCCACUCUGGGACUUGGAGUAGUGGGCAAGUCAUUUUCCAACAGAGCCUCAGCACUGGCUGAUGAAGAAUCAGACAGAGCAUUUGCUAAACUCCCAGAGGCUCAGAAGAAAGAAGCUGCUUUGCCAAUUGAAGUCUUUGGCAUCAGAACAGUGUCAAAAAUCUAUGACAAGAGAUUCAAUCAGAAAGAGGCUGGCUACAAGGAAGUGAGGAAGUUUCUGGAAGAGUAUGUUCACAAGAACAAGCCAAAGCCAGUGGAGGUACUCAGGGCCACUGGAUUUGUUAUCCACAAGGGUUUGAAAGACAAUGUACUGGCCAUUUUUUAUGCUGUCACAGAGAUCUUCACCCUUCUUUAUAGCACUUUCCUGGACAAUAAUAAAACACAUCCAACUCUGGUAAAAAAAUAUUUGCCUUUGGAUGAAUCCUCUGCCAAGAAGAAUCCAUCUUACAAAGUGCUUCUCAUGGAGUUCAGAAAAAUUGAUGCUGAGAUGGCAGGUGCACCACAGCAAAGAACACCAAGUAAAGCAGAUCUACAGGAUCAUCCUAUGUAUGAAGACAAGGACAUCAGUAGAAGAUACUCCUACAAGACUCCUGUUAAUGAGAAUUUGAAGCCCAUUCCAAAGAAGAGUUUGCAAGAAGAAAUGGCAACUUGCAUAUUCUGUGGAGAAACAAAUCCUGAGUUUGUGGGAGACAAGAUCAAUUUGCACUACUGGAAGUCCUGUCCCAUGUUGUCCCUCUGUGAGCACUGCAAGCAAGUCAUUGAGGUGUCCAGCAUUGCACCCCAUCUUCUGGGAGAGUGUCCAGCAGCUGCCCAAUACAGAAGAUGCCCAUAUUGUGGAGAAGCAAUAAAGAAGAAGCUGUUUGAGCAGCAUGUGCAAACAAAACCUCAUCCCAGUCAAAUUGUGGGGCAAGAAGUUGAAUUACAAGUCAACAUCCCAGCAAAUUUGACCAUUAAAUCAUGGGACAGUUGA